CGCAAUCUUGUUUAUAUCAUUCUUGGGUACUUGGAGUAUUUUUUUAUUAUUUGAUAUUAUCUGAUAGACGAUUUCACAAUUUCGCUGCGUUGUGUCUUUAAUGGGAGUAUGGAUUUCAAGGAUAAAGUUGUGUUAAUCACGGGUGCCAGCUCUGGGAUUGGUGCCGCUGCAGCUGUUCAGUUCGCCAAAUUAGGUGCAAAACUGGCUUUGGUUGGACGAAAUAUGGAAAAUCUUAAAGAAACAGAAGGAAAGUGUGAAAAUGCUGCUGUAGGUGAUGGUUCAUCAGCACCGUUGCUCAUAAAGACAGACUUGACAGAUGAGAGCGCAGUGUCAACUAUCAUAACCGAAGUUUUGAACAAAUUUGGUCAAAUUGAUGUAUUGGUAAACAAUGCUGGAAUCAUCGAGAGUGGUAGCAUUGAGAAUACCAGUCUUGAGCAGUUCGAUAGGAUGAUGAAUGUAAAUGUACGUUCAGUGUAUCAACUCACUAUGCUCGUUGUACCGGAGUUGAUUAAAACAAAAGGCAAUAUCGUUAAUGUUUCCAGCGUUUGCGGUUUACGUGCUUUUCCUAAUGUUUUAGCUUACAACGUAUCCAAAUCGGCAAUUGAUCAGUUUACACGUUGUGUUGCUCUGGAACUUGCACCAAAGGGAGUGCGUUGCAACUCGGUUAAUCCGGGUGUCGUAGUUACCAACCUACAUAAACGUUCUGGUAUGAAUGAUGAUGCUUAUGAGAAAUUCCUGGAACACUGUAAGACUACACACGCACUUGGACGAGCAGGCGACGCAGAAGAAGUGGCCAAUGCUAUUUGUUUUUUGGCCAGUGGCAUGGCCACAUUUACUACGGGGAUGAAUAUGCCUGUCGAUGGUGGUAGGCAUGCCAUGUGCCCUAGAUAAGUAGAUAGAUGCAUAAAGCAAAUACAAUUUUCGUUCGAUGUAAUACGCUUUAGUUCCUUUUGUACAAUAUAUUUUUCGUUUUUAUUUAGGUCGAUGAUUACUAAAUUUACGUAUCUGAUGUGUAAUAAACUAAUGGCGGUGUGUAAUUAAACCAAAAUGUA